AUGCCCCUUGGCACUCGUUCUUCAUCAUCAUCAUCAUCGUCCUUCGCUCUCUUGACUUCCGUGCUCCUCUGGUCCGUCGCCUCUUGCUCGCCCUUUACGCACAAAGACAGCAGAAGCGAGUCAGCUCGCGGCUUGCCCAACACCUCCAAGUAUCUGCCCGUCCAGAUCGGCGGCAUCGUUGCGGCAUACGGAGUCUCCUUGGUGCUGGUCGCCAUCCUCCUACUCUCGCUCUCCAGACGACGCAGGGAACAUCUCCGGGGGAGUGACCUGCCGCCCAGCUACAUCUUGCAGCCAAGCUUUCCGGUAGCAGAUCCAAAGCUUCAAGCGUUCCAGCAACAGUUCGACUUCACCCAAUAUCCCGAGGGCCACGUCGUUGUCCCACCCUUGACCAUCCCCAAGGCGGAACCCUUCCACUCCGGCCCAUACAGCGCUCGCAUUUUCGAUCCAAACAGCGUACCGGCACCGUACAUCUUGCCGUCGCCUUCUUCUUCAUCUGUCGUUCCCACCACUCUCGGAGUCUCGCCACUUGUAGACCAGUCCGUCGUCGCAGCAGACAGAGCCAUGGCGCAACAACAGCUGGAAGAGAUGUACAAGUAUGUCAUGGAGCACGAGGAGGCCAAGCAAAAGGGCAUCAUUCUCGAGUCUCCCGUGGCAUCUCCGAACCCUCAGCGCGAGUCAGCGGCGUCCGGCAAGUCGUCCAAUGGUCUCUUGUCCAAGAAGAGCAAGUCCAAGCCCGCCGGCUUGAACCUUGCUGCGGCCAAGGAGGAAAAGUCCCAGUCAAAGACCUCAGCCCUGUUCUCGUCGCUCCUCUCGCCCAAGAAGAAGACGGCCAAGGGCAUCAGCAUCUCGUCUCCCAUCAUGACGCCCAUGUCCGGCACCUUCCCGCAGCAUGAGUCUCGCGAGAUGAGCGCUAUCCCUCCGCGACACUACGCUCCCGCUCCUCCGCCGCCUAUCCCAACGGAUCAGGUGCCUUACGGUGCCGCCAACACCAGGUCGGGUGCUCCCAUAACCCCUGAUAUCUCGCCCCAGAGCAUUCAAACUAUCGACGAGCGCAUCGGGGCCUCCCUCGACCGUGCCAAUCGAUCGCGGGCGAGUCUGCAGUACACCGAGAGAGAUCCCGAGUCAGCCACCACGGAGAAUUCGCAAUCUCCCCUCGUUGGUCUCCCAUCUUCGCCCCGACCCGGCAGCACGUUCCCUUCACUGCCGUCUUCACCACGACCCGGCGCCUCCUUCUCCCGUCCUAACCCUCCCUCUGCGGUCCGAACCGGUGGAACGCUCCCUCUUCGUGCCUACGAGGAGCAGCUUGGAUCGCCGUACGUCACUGCCCAAACAACGAAGCAGACCGUCUUCGAGCGAACCGGACCUCUGUCGCCAGGCGGUGGCAGGACUCCCUUCACCGGCACCGCGGUGCCGUACUCUCCGUAUCAGCCGUUUACUCCUUGUGUCCCCAUUACCCCUGGCUUGGUGACCAAGGAAGACCGCAAGCGCAUGAAGCGCAUGGUCCCGAAGACGCCGACUACAGAGCUGGUCAAGAGCUCUGAGGAGAUUUGGUAA